AUGGCUCAACCACCUACUCAACCGCGCUCAUACAGCCAGGCCUACAUCCCCAACGGCACUCCCGCUCAAGCAUCUGGCCCUGUUCCCGGAGCGACGCCACUUCUCCCUAACCAAGGUCGCGUGGUGCAGGCUGGUGGUGCCAGAGUUCUUUGUAUUGCCGAUGUGCGAGGCAAUCUUCGAUCCCUGAACGAACUCGCACGCAACGCAAGAGCUGACUACAUCAUCCACACCGGUGACUUCGGCUUCUACGACAACACUUCGCUCGACCGCAUUGCUGAAAAGUGA